ACCAAAGAGUUGCGCGUGACGAGCAUGGAGUGGCGCAGUGACGUCGAUCAGGGACGGUACAUCUGGCUGGGGACGAAGGAGGGCCAUCUGUUCGAGCUGGACGUCCAAACCGGACAGAUCGUCGGCAUGAAGCUCUCCGUGCAUUCGCAUGCCGUGACGCACAUCCUCCGGCACGGCCCGUCGAUGAUCACGCUCGACGACAACGGCAAGGCGCUUCUCUUCGUCGGCGACGGGGACGGCUUCCCGCUCCUGGCGUUCACGCAGCCGCGCAUCGCGCGCAUCGCGGACCAGCAGACCUUCGUGCGCGUCUUCGGCGGCAAGCUCUGGACGUCGAUGAAGGAGCCAAACACCGUGGGCGCGUCGCGUGGGCCGAUCGUGCGCGUGUACGACCCGUUCGCGCCGGGCAGCCAGGGCAGGUCGCUCCUCCCGACGGAGCACGUCGGCGCGGUUCUCACGGGCACCGUCGUGCCGUCGCAGCCGGAGCACGUCUACCUCGGCCACGAGGGCGGACACGUCAGCAUCUGGUCCCUCGCGGCGGCGGACGGCGUCCCGGUCUGCGUGGAGGUCAUCAAGGUCUCCGCGUCGGACAUCGUCAGCCUCGAGGGCGUUAACGACCGGCUGUGGGCGGGCGGGCGGAACGGGAUGAUCGCGGCGUACGACGUCGUGCCGCGCCCGUGGGUGAUGACGAACAAUUGGAUCGCGCACGCAGGACUGCCGCUGGUGGACAUCAAGGCCGACCCGUACAGCAUCGACAAGCUCGGGCGCUUGUGCGUGAUCAGCAUUGGUAGGGACGAGAGGAUCAAGUUUUGGGACGGCAUGCUCGGCGCAGACUGGAUGGACACGGAGAUGCUCAAGCGCGAGAAGGCGUUCAGCACGUUCCGCAACAUGAACGUGCUCAUCGUGUCGUGGAACGUCGACGCCUCGAAGCCAGACACGCUCAUUGGCUCGCCCGACAACCUCAACUUCCUCAGCGACGUGCUCAAGACCGUCGACUCGCCCGACAUCAUCUCGUUCGGGUGGCAGGAGGUCAUCGACCUCGAGAGCCGCAAGAUGGCGGCGAAGAGCGUGCUGAUGGGCAAGAAGAAGGCGGCCGACGGGGGCAUCUCCGAGAAGGUCUCGAGCUCGUACAAGCGGUGGCACGACCGGCUCGUGUUGGCGGUGCGGCUCGCGAUGCCGCCCGAUACCCCGUACAUGGUCAUACACACGGAGAACCUAGUCGGUUUGUUCAGUUGUAUAUUCGUGAAGCAGAAGGAACGCGUUGCGUUGCGGCAUGUAGCUGUCGCCACCGUCAAGCGGGGGAUGGGCGGGCGGUACGGCAACAAGGGCGGAAUCGUCGCGCGCAUGGUCAUCGACGACUCGUCGGUGUGCUUCAUCAAUUGCCACCUGGCCGCUGGACAGGCGCACGUGCGUCAGCGGAACGGCGACGUUGCGGCGAUGCUCGAGGAAAAGGCCGUGCUCCCUUCGACGGAGGCGCUGGAAGAGGGUUUGGCGUAUGUCGGCGGCGGGGACGGAUCCAUGGUGCUCGACCACGAGAUUGUCUUUCUCAACGGAGACAUGAACUACCGCAUCGACCAACGGCGCGACGUCGUCGUCGCCGCCGUCAAGGCCAACGAGUACGCGUCCCUGCUCGUGCACGACCAGCUGCACAAGGAGAUGAAGUUCAACCCGGGCUUCCGCUUGCGCUCCUUCACCGAGGGCCCGAUCACGUUCGCGCCGACGUACAAGUACGACCCGCGCACGUCCGAGUACGACUCGUCGGAGAAGCGGCGGAUCCCGGCGUGGUGCGACCGCGUGCUGUGGCGCGCGCGGGACCCCGCGCGCGUGCAGCAGCUGCACUACCGGCGGUACGAGGCGGACGUGUCGGACCACCGGCCGAUCUCGGCGGCGUUUAGGAUGACGGUCAAGUCGGUGCGGCACGACGCGCGGGCGGCGGCGAAGGCGGAGGUGCAGGGCGUGUGGCGCGAGCAUGAGAGGCGGUUGCUGGCGGCGCUCAGGCAGUUUUACGUCGGGCAGAUGAUCGUGUGAGGCUGAGGCGGUGGCGGUAGGUGAAUGGAUGUGGAUGUGGGAGGCGAUGUGGUGAGGGGGGGAGGAUUCGCGGCAUCGGACUCGGUGCGAGCCAGUCGGUUUCGUUCGUCAGUAUAGCAGUAUAGCAGUAUCAGCACCAGCACCAGCACCAGCACCAGCACGGACCGUUCUCUUCUCUUUUCUUUUCUUUUCUUUCUUUUUCAUUACUUUUUAAAUGUCGCAUCAGGCUCGGCACGCGCGCAUCAGUGUAAUCAGUAGAACAUACCAGCUUGUAAUGGCUCAGAAUCCACGGGCUGGCGUUUCGUAUCCGUAUC